AUGUCAUGUACUGAUGAAUGUGAAGACAAAAGCCGAGUUAUAAGUUUCAAUUUAGAUGUGAGAAACAAUAUUCGAUAUGUAGGUAUAUGCAUAUACGACAUAUAUAGUAACGAAUUUUCUUUAUGCGAAUAUAUAGAAAAUGAACAUUUUACUGUUUUAGAAUCCAUUUUAUUACAAACGAGACCUAGUAGUUGUCUAUAUUUAUCACAUAAUGAGAAAAUAGAUGAAAAAAGAAUUAAUUUAAUAUUAAAUUUAUGCGAUAUAAAAUCUAAGGAGCUACCAAAAAUAUACUAUGAAUCGUGUUCGAUAGAAAAUGAUCUUAUGAAAUUAUUAAAAGGAAGUGACAUAAAACAAUGUGUUCAUUUUUUAACAGAUCUACAAUUAGCUUGUAAAUGUUUAUGUAGUAUAGUGAAACAUUUAGAUUUAUUAAAUGAUAACGGUUCUAUAAAUAAAUGUAUUUUAAAAAAUUAUCAUAUUAAUAAAUAUCUUAAGUUAGACAAAGCUGCUAUGGUUGCUCUAAAUAUAUAUGAUGAUAUACAUAUAGAUUAUGGUAGUAACAAAAAUACAACGAAAAUAAAUUCAUCAUCUGCUAACACAUUAACACUUUAUAAAUUUCUAAACAAAUGUAAAACAAAAAUUGGACAACGGAAAUUAUUAAAUUGGAUAAUACACCCGAUAAGGGAUGAAAAGAAAAUAAAUGAGAGAUUAGAUAUGGUAGAAAUAUUUAAAGAAGAAAGUGUUAUUAGAUCUAUAAUUCAAUCGGAUUAUUUAAGAAAGGUAUGUGAUUUACAAAUAAUAAUAAAAAAAUUUAAAACUACUAGUAGUUAUCUUAAUGAUACUAAGGAUAAUAUAAAGGGUAGUAAUAAUAAUGAUAAUAUAUAUGAUCAUAAUAAUAAUAAUACUAUGAUAAUGAAAAAAAAGAAUUACAAUAUAAUCUUCAAAAGCAAACAUUCGUGUAAUUUAGAAGAUCUGGUUAAAUUAUAUGACACCAUUGUUGUAUCCAAAAAAAUAUAUUACCUAUUAAAUGAUUAUAAAGGUACAAACCAGGAUACCCUAAAUAAAAAAAUAUUGAAACCUUUAGGUGAGUGUCUUAUAAAACUAGAACCUUAUUUAAAGCUUAUCGAAUUAACCAUCGAUUUUGAAGAAAUAGAAAAGCAAAAUAACUAUUUAAUAUCUAGGACAUUUGAUGAUGAUCUGGAUUUAUUAGCUACACAAAAAGAUAAUAUAUAUAAUUUAAUAAAAGAACAUAGACUCGAGGUAGAGGAGGAUAUACAAUAUUUAAAAGGAAAAGAAAAAAUAAAAAAAAAAGCAACAACAUCUAAAUUAAUAGGAGGAACAAUAAAUAAUUCAAAUAAUAAUUAUAAUAAUAAUAAUAUUAAAGAAGAUAUAAAAUUAGUCGAAUGUAAUAUAAAUAUAUUUCUAUUUAGAGCUGUAAAAAAAGAUAUAAAUUAUAUACAAGAAAGAAAAAAUAUAUAUAUACAAGUAAGAAUGAAUAAAAAUGAAAUAUUAUUUCAUACAAACAAAUUAAAAAAUUUAUGUAGACAAUACGAACAUAUAUUAAAUCAAUAUAAUAUAGCACAAGAAAGUUUAGCUCAUAAAGCAAUACAAGUAGCAUGUUCAUAUUGGGAACCUAUAAUAAUAUUAUCAAAAAUAAUAUCUGAUAUUGAUAUUUUUUGUUCCUUUGGAUUUAUAUGUUGUUCUAGUAUAUCAACAUAUGUAAGACCAGAAAUUGAAGAGAAUGGACAUAUAUUACAUAUGAAAAAUUCUCGUCAUCCAUUAGUUGAAUCGAAUUUAUUAUUAAUAAAUAAUUUUAUACCCAAUGAUGUUUAUAUGAAUAAAGAUAUUACACGAUUAAAUAUUAUUACAGGCCCAAAUAUGGGAGGAAAAAGUACAUACAUCAGACAAAUAGCUCUUAUAUGUGUUAUGGCACAUAUAGGAUGUUUUGUUCCUUGUACUUAUGCAAAAAUACCCAUCUUUACACAAAUUAUGUGUCGAGUCGGAUCAUCCGAUAUACAAUUAAAAGGAAUUUCUACAUUCUUUUCAGAAAUGAUCGAAAUCGCAGCCAUUAUUAAAAACGCAGAUCAAAAUUCAUUAAUCAUUAUAGAUGAAUUAGGAAGAGGUACAUCAACAUAUGAAGGUUUUGGUAUCAGCUGGUCCGUUGCACAUUAUAUCCUAAAUACUAUAAAAUGUUUUUGCUUAUUUGCUACACAUUUUCAUGAAAUGUCAAACUUAGAAGAUGAAUAUAAAGGAGUAAUCAAUAAUCAUGUAGGAGCCAAAAUUGAUACAGAAAAAAAAAAAAUCUCCUUCUUAUAUGAAAUUAAAAAGGGUUAUGCUGAUAAAAGUUAUGGAGUAUAUGUUGCUCAAAUAGCACAAUUACCAAAAUCUGUUAUUCAUAAAGCUUUCCAAAAAUCAAAAGAAUUAGAAUCGGUUGAAAAUAGACACUAUUUUAAAAAAAAAUUACUAACUCAAACUAAUCAACAAAAUGACACAAACCAUACAUCUAAUUAUAAUAAAUCCAUAUCUUAUUUAAAAGAGAUAUUUAACGUCACACAUGAACAAGAAUUCUUAACAGCAUUCAAAAAAUAUAAACAUGAACUCAAAAAUAUAUUCAAUGAAAUAUAA